AUGUCUGCGAAGAUGGAAGGCCUCACUUUGAUUGAUUGCGCAUCUCACAAGACUGAGAAAGUGAAUCUCUUGGUGUUUCGGUGUAUCGGUGAACAGGACCUACACCUUGGAAGGUGGAGGGAGCCUGACCGAAUCUCGUGGGCCCCUUCAACAAGGCUGAGGCUAUCGAUUGGCCAAAAGAUUAUCGCGGGCGGAAAAUUAGCAGAGAAGGUGCUGAAGAGUGGGGCCCGGUCCCGCGAUUCCCGACUUUCCCGACCCGGCCGAAGCGCCCCCCCCAAGUCACCUUACGGUCCCGUCGCAGUCGAAAUGGUCCAGCCCGAUCUCGCUAUUCCCCUUCUCCACAACAAGGGCCCAAAGUUCAACUUGGGCGAGGAUAUUCUGCCAGCAGCUCCCGCUAUUCUGCCACCAAGUGUGGCUGCGGCAGGCCCUACCUCCGACCACGGAGCCCAGCUGCCCAUACCCACCCACUUACCUACCUACCUACCCACCUACCUACCCACCUACCUACCUACCUAUAACUACUACUUCGUUAACCUCGCCGUCGCUACCGCUAUUAAUUAA